CCAUUGCAAUUAUUAAUUAAUCCAGUACAAAUCCCAGAAAUAGAAACUAUAGCCAAAAAUCAAGCAGCAAUAAAUUCUGAGAAAGAAAAUGAAGCUUCAAAUAAUUCAAAAGACAAACCAAAGUCAGAUAAAGAAACAGAAGAAGAAAUGAUCAUUUCUAAUGAAGAAAUUGAAGAUGUUUUAGUCUAUACUUUGAGCACCCAUGGGUACCCUCAAUUGAUUCAUCAGGGACAUUGUUUCCAAAGGUACAAAAAUGCAAACGGCAGAGCUUAUUGGAAAUGCAAGCAAUCGAGACAACUGGGCUGUAAGGCUAGACUGAUUACAGAACCUUUGGCUCAAACUUCUGGCAGUAAACCAUCCACAAAAAUUACUGUAACAUCGAAGUAUCACAAUCAUGGAAAGAUAAAAGAUUUUUGGGGCUCAAGAUCAAAACCGAGAUCCAAGUUUAGCAAAGAGAUGGAGAGAGAAAUAAGAGAAGAGCAAGAAUUACAAGACGAGUUAUCAGAAAAGCAAAACAAAUCUGAAACAAAUACUAAUAGUAAAGAAAACACAACAGCUCCAACUAAUAAGUCUGUUGAAACUCCAAACCCAAAUGAUAUUUCCAAAAAUAAUGAUGACAGUGUAAAUAAAGAAGCAACAAAUCCCAAUUUAAGUGAUUCAGGAUUAAAUAAUUUGCAAAACCAAUUCGAAGAGGUUUCCCAAAGAAGUAAUGAUUAUGAAGAUAUCGAUAUGUCUAUAGUAGAUUUAGAAUACUAUGAUUAA